AUGAACAGGGGAACUCGUCGCUGGCGAAUUGAAGGUCUCGAGAGUGUGUACUGGGGCGAUAUCAUCUAUCUGCAACACCAGCAUGCCGUUGUGACUUGCUGGAAUGGACGCCGACUCCGGAUCUAUGGAAGCCCAUACUCAUCAAUGACCAUUCCUUCCUCGGUCUUCCAGUAUCCUGACUCUGAUAACAUUUGGGACCGAAUCCCUGACAAUGUGGACAUUCUCAUCACUCACACACCACCAUACACGCAUGGCGACUCCCUCAGAGGCUGUCCACAUCUGCUGAAUCAGAUAUGGAGUGAUCCUCCUCAUCUGUAUGUCUUCGGAUGCGGCCUGGAGAAUUACAGAAUUGAAUUUCUGCACUAUGAUGCUCUUCAGGAGGCCAUGGAGCGCAUUGAGGCUUGUCAAAUAUCUGGAGCAAGUCAAACGUCGCGAUUUGGAAUGGCACCUCAAUACGAGACUGGAGUGGGAGGAAUGCCCCUCACCAUCUCAGACAUUCAUUCCUUGAAGAGGAACGAGGCACUGGAGAUUCUUGCCCAGAUUUCACGCGUCGAGAAAAAGACCUUCCCCACCAAUGAGGCAUUUCCAUUUGGCGAAGACCUGUGGAGAAAAAAGCCCAAUACGAGAGUACUGUACGCGACUCGAGCCAAGGGAUCACAAUCUGAUCUGGUGGCCUAUGCGGUCUAUGUCCGACAGAAGGGCGUUGCGCUUUUGCACAAAAUCUGUGUGACAGAGCCUAAUCGCCGUCAAGGUGUUGGCCAGGAGGUACUGUCCUACAUUCAGCAACGCCUGCAAAAGGAGGGCUGCCAGUAUAUCCAACUCUGGGUGGACCAGGCCAGGGAGCCCGCACGCGCCUUGUAUCUCCGCAAUGGAUUCGAGGAGCGUGAAGUUAUCCCUGAUUACUAUGCCCCUGGACGAACAGGUAUCAAAAUGGUCCUAGAUUUAGAAGCUUGA